AUGGUGUACUAUUUCUCUUCCAACACUGUGUCCCCAUCUGCCUUCAUCUACGUGGGCAAGGACAAGGUUGAGAAUGAAGAGCUUAUCAAAUACGGCUGGGAUGAGGAUGUCUGGUUCCACGCAGACAACCUGUCAUCAGCACAUAUCUACGUCCGAUUACCCGAGGGCGAAGAUUGGGAGAAGAUGACUAAAGAGCUGCUGGUGGACUGCGCCCAACUGACCAAGGCCAACAGUAUUGAGGGUAACAAGAAAGAUAACGUCACGAUUGUAUAUACGCCUUGGAGCAACCUGAAGAAGGAUGGCAGCAUGGCUGUAGGCCAGGUUGGGUUCAAGGAUCAGCGAAAGGUUAAGCGCAUACACGUGGAGCAGCGAGAGAAUCCUAUUGUCAACCGUCUCAACAAGACCAAAGUUGAAAAAUUCCCCGAUCUGAGAGAAGAGCGAGAAGCAAGGCGGGCUGAGUUGAGGAAACGAGACCAGGGUGCUCUGCAGGCCAAGCGUAAGGAGGAGGCCCGUAUAGCCAAGGAGCGCAAGGAGCUCGCAUGGCGGAGAGAUCAUGCCUACGACGAUGUCAUGACAGAGGAGAAUCUGGAGGAGAACACCAACGAGAACCGCGAUGAAAACUUCCUCGAUGACUUCAUGUAA